AUGUACAGCGGUUACGGCUCGUACGGUGGUUUUGGAGGGGGGAUGUACGGGUCCUCCAUGUAUGGAGGCUUCGGCAACGGGAUGUACGGCAACGGGAUGGGCUACGGCAUGCCCGGUCCGCCCGGCUUCGACCCAAACAACCCGUCGUUCAGCGCCGCCCUCGACAGCGCUACGCAGCCUACGUUCGCGCUUCUGCACUCGCUCGUAUCGACCGUGUCGUCGCUAGCGCAGAUGCUGGAGAGCACCUUCAUGGCGACGCAUUCCUCGUUCUUCGCCAUGGUCGGCGUCGUCGACCAGUUCACCGUCCUACGCAAUGCGCUCGGCUCCGUGCUGGGGCUCUUUGGGCUGGUACGGUGGAUGCGGGAUAUGUUGCUGGGGAAGCGGAGUAGUGGAGGGAUGAGGGGCGAGUUUAGGGACUUCAUCAACGGGAAGCCGGUGCAGGGACCCAUGCCUCAACGGCCCGGUCCGCCACCGAGCAAGAAGCCAGUGAUCAUCUUUUUGUUGGCGGUGUUUGGCAUACCGUAUGCAAUGCAUCGGUUGAUGAAGAUAUUGGCGGAACGGGCGGCGCAGGGCCAAUUGACAUUGCCCGGCCAACUUCCGCCACUGGACCCUUCACAGCUAUCGUUCGCGAGAGCGCUGUACCCAUUCACGCCUUCCAACUCAGCAGAACUCGCUCUGAAAGAGAAUGAGAUUGUCGCGAUCAUGGGCAAGCUCGACCCCAGCACAGGCGUCGAAGUUGACCCUCGCAUGGAGGUCGACACUGAAUGGUACAAAGGCCGCACACGCGACGGCCGAGAAGGCUGGUUCCCCCGAAAAUGGGUGCAGGCACUCGAGCGCACUCAACCCCAAAACCAAGCAGCGGAGCCCAAGAAGAUCGAAGACUCUGCGCCGGUACCAGCUGUGGCUGAGAAGGUACCGGUCAAAGCUGCGUGA